CACACACGCACAAAAAACACACACACACACACACACAGAGACACACAUAUACACACAUAUGAUAAAAUCAGAAGAUUGAUUUCCGCCAUUUUUGAAGAAGCUAAGAGAAGCGGAGAUUUCCGAAACCGCCGCCGGGCGGCGUAUCUCGCCGGAGAAUGUUCUAGUUACGAGAUCAGCAGCGGCGGCUUUGAAUAUGCAUGCAGAGGAGAAUAUUUUACAGUUGCUGAUCGACUGAUUUUGAUUUUGAUUUUGAUUUGAUCGAUUUGUGAGGCUGAUUUUUUGCAUCAAAGAGUUCUGGUAAAAGGUUUUCGGAGAUUCCGAUUACGUUCUGACAUAUAUCGCAUAUAUAUAUAUAUAUAUGUAUGUAUAUAUUGAGGUUUGAAGAUUGGGAAGAAGGUAGAGAGAGAAAGUGAAAGGAAGAAGGGGGGUGGCUUAGGUUUAAAAAAUAAAAAAGAAAAAAAGAAAAAGAAUAGAAGAAGAUGCUGACGUGUAUUACGUGCUCAAAGCAAAGGGAAGAUGGGGGAGAAGAGACCCCGCGUGGGACUCCCAGUACCAAAGACGCCGUCAAAAGCCUGACUACCCAGAUAAAGGAUAUGGCGUUGAAAGUAUCGGGAAAAAGCGCUAAGCCGAGUCAGCCAGAAGUAAGCUUCAAGAGAGGUGGUCAAAGAGGGUACCCUGAUUUCGAUACAAUCUCGGAGGGUGUGCCGUACCCGUUUAUCCAACCAGGUAGCUCGAGUUCUACUCCCGCAUGGGAUUUUACGAACACGGGCCGUUCGGCCCGGCCCGAUUCAAGAUUCAAUGCAUUUGGCGGCGGCGGCGGCUCAGCCCAAAACGGUGGAGUUGUGCUCGAAGAUGAAGAUGAAUCUAAAGAAUGGAUGGCUCAAGUUGAGCCCGGUGUUCAAAUUACCUUUGUGUCCCUCCCUCGUGGAGGAAAUGACCUCAAACGAAUCCGCUUCAGCCGAGAGAUGUUCGACAAAUGGCAAGCUCAAAGAUGGUGGGGCGAAAAUUACGACAGGAUAAUGGAGCUAUACAACGUCCAGAGAUUCAAUCAGCAAGCUCUCAAUAGUACUCCAGGCAGAUCGGAGGAUGGCAGAGAUUCGACUUACUCCAGGCUGGGGUCCGCAAGAGAAAGCCCGCGAAUGACUCCAUCGAUGAACAAAGAGUGGACUCCAAGGUACCGACCGGAGAAUCUUCACGGUGGAUCGAGUGGGUACCCCACCGGUGGGCCCAAGGGUGAUAUGAUGUCAUCAAUGGAAGCUUCUAGAACAACGACAUCAUCGAGAGACGAGGCUUCAGUUUCUAUAAGCAAUGCAAGUGAUAUCGAGUCGGAGUGGAUUGAAGAAGACGAGCCAGGUGUUUAUAUUACCAUCAGACAACUUGCUGAUGGCACUAGAGAGCUUCGACGUGUCAGAUUCAGCCGCGAAAAAUUCGGAGAGGUGCAUGCGAAGCUAUGGUGGGAGACUAAUAGAGACAGAAUACAAUCUCAAUAUCUUUGCUAGUAGUUUUGCAAAUGGAUGUUUUGAGAUGUCGGAUUUUGGGGGUCAAGACCGAAACAAAACUUCGAUAACAACGUCAUCUAACGAAACGGGUUUUUUAAGGCAGAGCUUUUGGUUUUUCGUGUUCUGCUUUUUCAGGUAUUAAACCUUCUUUCUCGAGAAUUACAUUUAUUAAUGCCUUUUGCUUUUCUCUUCAUUUUAUUCAAUUUUCUGGUGUAAUUGGUAUACAUGAUAAUGGUUGUCGACAUUUUCGUGUAGAGACGGGUUUUUUUUUCCCGCUGUUCUGUAAUGAAACAAUCUCAGUGCUGCUAGCUUCAUUAAAACCAGUUGACUUGUUAUUGUGUCAUUGUGU